CUGACAGAGAGGAAAAUAAAGCCAUGGUGAACCUAAUGCCAUUAUUUCUCCCUCUGCUGAUCUACAUGCUCCAGGUCCCUGGCUGGGUGUGUGUGUUUGCCCAGCAGAAUGACCCGUGUCUGAACUACACAGAGCUGAGUGACCCCUGGAGGUCUACAUCCAACACAAACCAGUCUCAGGUGCGCUGUGACCAACACAUCACGCUGCAGGGAUGGUACCUGCUGGUGGACGGGAACGCCAGCGUGCUGAUGCCCAACUCCUGUGUGCCCGUAAACCGCUGCGGCACGCAUGCGCCCCUUUGGCUGAACGGUGCACACCCCACGCCAGCAGAGGGUGUAGUGAGCAGGCAGGUGUGCGCCCACUGGACGAAUGGGUGCUGCCACUGGAACCACUACAUUCAGCUUGAGGCCGCGCUGACAGCAAGAGGGAUACAGGCGUCUGGUCUACAGGUCACUGCUGUG